CCCACCGCAAGCUGGUUUGGACAAACCUGGGCACGGAGGGCGGGUUCCAGGCGCAGGACUAGCCUGUGGCCCUGCUCAAUGGAGGCCACAGGACUCUGGGCCUGGGCCCCUGCCACCUCCUCUUCUCUUCCUGACCUGGCCUGACUCUCUCUCCUGGGAAGGGUUAUAUUGUCAUGGGGGAGUAAGAGAGGUCACACUCCCGCUCGGGGCCACCCUCUAAGUCUAACGACGAUACGGUCAGCAGCAGCUCCAGCCACUUCGCCGUGUUUUCCAAAAGCUUUGAAAUUUGGAGACCCACAGCCCGGCAGCUUUCUCUCCACUACUUCAACCCUUCAGUUGGUAAGAGUCCUCCUGGCCUUACUGUCAUCCCAGCUGUGCGAUGGAGCCGUAGCUGGAAUGUGUCUACCCACACCAAGCAGUGAAGGAGCUGAACUGGCAGAUGAAGGUGGGACCCUGGCACCCUGGACCUCCUGGUCUCUUCAGGAAUGAAGGGCAUUGCUGUUUUCAUUGUCUUCAUUUUCUGCUGGACAACCUCCACCCUCAGCAGCUUCUGGCAGUUCCAGAGGAUGGUCAAACAUGUCACCGGGCGCAGCGCCUUCUUCUCCUAUUAUGGCUACGGCUGCUACUGUGGGCUUGGGGGCAGAGGGAUCCCUGUGGACGCCACAGACAGGUGCUGCUGGGCUCACGACUGCUGCUACCACAAGCUUAAGGAGAAUGGCUGCCAGCCCAUCUUGCACAGCUAUCAAUUCAGCAUUGUCAAUGGGACUGUGGCCUGUGGAAGCACCCUGGGGGGCAGCUGCUUCUGCGGGCAGAAGGCCUGUGAGUGUGACAGGCAGUCUGUGUACUGCUUCAAGGAGCACCUGGACACCUACGAGAAAGCCUUCAAACAGCUCUUCCUCAGCAGGCCCCAGUGCGGCAGGCACAAACUCAGGUGCUAGGGAGGCCACCAUCCCCCUGUCACUGGGCACCUGCUCUAGUCCUAGUCCUUCUGGGAAGCUGUCUCUGACAUCUCCCGGCAGCCCUCAGGCUCCUGCAGCUCAGCACUGUUGUCCAGGGAGUCUUCUCACUCAGUGUGGGCACUGGAGGUGAGAAAUGGAAACAGACCAAGCAUGGUAUCUGGCAAUUAAGUGAGACAUUCCGACAGAAGUGCUAGGAAGCAAAAAAGCAAGGGAGCAGGAGUGUGAGGCAUCCCAUAAUUCCAGCAUUUGAGAGGUGGGGGCCGGAGAGGCAAGGAGUUCAGGGGCAGCCUCCACUACAUGGUAAGUUCAAGACUAGCCUGGACUACCCGAGAUUCUGCCUCAAUGAAAUGUUUAAAAAUUUUGAAAAGGAAAAGAAAACAGAGGGACACAGAGGGAUGGAGUUGAAAGGUGGUCCCAGACUCUUUUCCCAGGAAGAGGAGAGCCCCAGGAUGUAGCCUAAACUCUCCCAUAUUCUGAGUCCAAGUCAGGGUAUGUCUGACUGGGGAACCACACACACAUCUGGCUGGAAACAAAGCAGGUGUCCUAGAAAGCACGGCCCCAAGAAAGAGCCUCACCAGGUCUGCCCUCUGUAAAUCCUCCAGCAGGAAGCAGCCUGUCCUCCUGUCUCAGGAGGCGGGGCACAGUUAGAACCCAGGUGUGCAGCGCUGCCACAAGGAUGUCAUGGUUAAGAGACACCGAGAAAUGGAGGGCAGAUCUGGGACAGUGGGUCCAAGGUGCCCCAAUCCCCGCCCCCCGAUUGAGAAGCCUCUGGGCCCGUGGGACUUCAGUCUAGUAAACAAUAGGGAUGGAGUCUGAAGUCCGUGGUGUCAAAGGAACGGGGGUGGCAGACACAGCCGCGACCAUGCUUGCCUCCCUGCGUGGUGGCACAUGCUUUCCAUGCUCUAGCAUGAUAGGGAGGAGUCUCCUUUCCAUCCCUUGAAUCUGGGACUCUGCUCAGCAAUGGAGCAAAAGUGAAGGUCUGAAGUGCAGGCAUUGGCCUCCGAGGUCCAGGACAGGUCCAGGACACCUACAUCCACCAGGAAGAAGCCUGGACUCCACCUCCUGGAUGUUGAGAGCAGGCUGGGUCAGCAUGAGCAGAUCACUGGGCCCAGCAGAGACUUCGGAAGCAUGGACGAGCCCAGCGGAGCCCAGGCCGAGGUGCAGCACACAGGGCCAUGAGCUUCAUACAGGAAGGCCUGGGUGUGGUUGGCUGCACAGCGGUACCUAGCAGAUGAUGCUGGUAUUUAUUCACUAAUACUGCCAGGUUCUCUGCACUUGGGCCAGACUCGGAGGCCAUGGCAAUGUGGUCACUUACCCCUAUCCCCUCCCCAGGAGGCAUUGUGGAAGACAGUUAGUUUUGUACAGUGGUAGAGAACACACAUGGGGCUGCCUUCACCCAACAUACAUGUAUUGAGCCCAUACUGUGUGCCAUGUGCAGAGCUGAGCAGCAGGGGUUCAGAGAUUUAAAAAACACACACACAGACUUAGGCCUAAGAAAAUUCCAGGGAGAGUUCCAGGAGCUGUAGCAGCAUCUAGCAACACCAGAGGUUAAAGCCUGGAUUGAGAAAGCAGAGCACAUAAAGGCAGUAGGGUCAGCAGAGGGCCUGGGAACCAGGCCCCUGAGUUCUUCCCCAGCCCACCUAGCCUUUCCUUCCCCAGCCCAUGCAUGUGUAGAAAGUGGACAUAGUGGGUGGCAGAGAGUGGGGGCAUCUGAGGUGUGGAACAUCAGGGAGGGGGCAGACAAAUCGGUGUGGCUGGGCUAAGCUAAGAGUUCGUCACCUUCUGGAGGGUCCUGUCAGCUCAGAGACUGCUUCCAACCUGGAAAGAUAUCUUAAUAACAGCUGUUGUGGGAGGGGGGCCAGGGCGACACUCAGCACGGAGGACCAGGCUGCUAUGUGAUAUCCUAAUCUCUCACCUAUGGGGCCAGCUUCUAUAUUGGAAGUGGAUAAGUUACAGAGGGUGAGUGAGUCCCAGUCAGUGUUGUGUCCGGAAGCAGAGCGUUGGGGCCAUAAAAGGGUAUUGCUGGGGCUUGAAGGAAAUACCGCUCUCUUGGAAGGGUGCUCAUUCAUCGACAUCAGGGACUGACAAUUCCAGGCCUGUCAUGAGGGUAGAGAAGUAGAAAUUCUGCCCACUCUAAGAAGCUUUUGGAAUGGGGGGAAGGACACAAGGACCAAAUAGCUUGGGAGGUGCUGAGACAGGUGUCUGGGUAGCAAUGGCCACCGUUUGGGAAGAAGGCUCCUUCAAGGAAUGCCGGGGACAGGGCCUGACAUCUUGUCUGAGACCCUAAAAAGGAGAGGAGUUGGGAUGGCUGAGUGUGGGGUGUGGAGGCGCCCCUCUCCUGGGGACUGAGAUUGAGGAUAGUACAGGGAUCAGACUCUUCUCAAAUCCAUUUUCCCACCUUCAAGCUGCUGGCAUGACCUCACCAUGACAUCUCGAUUGUAAAAUACUUCAGUGGAAUGAUUACAUGCAAAUAAAAUACA